AUGACAAUACUGGUCUGGGGACUGGCGUACCUGUCUCAUGAUGUAUUAGGAUGCAUCCUAAGCCACCUUCAAACCUUGGCCUACCACCCCCAAAGCAAUGGACAAACGGAACAAGUCAACCCAUCUAUUGAGCACUUCCUCAGGGCCUACUCAGGGGUGAACCAAAGGGACUGGACUAAGUGGCUUCCAAUGGCGGAAUUUGCCUACAACAAUGCCAUACACAGCAGCACAGGCAAAUCACCAUUCAAGGCACUGUAUGGUUGGGAACCCUCCUUAACCCCGAGUAACGUUCUGACGGACGUUCCUGAGGCAGACGACUUGGCAUCACAAAUGGAAGCACAAUGGCAGGAGAUUGAGGCUGCACUCAGGCAAUCAAAGACACGCAUGAUUGCCAGGGAAACCGGAGAACCCCUUGAAUUCAAAAUUGGGGAGGAGGCCUGGCUAGAUGCAAAAAACAUAAAGCUGAAGACCCUAAGUCCUAAGCUGACCAAACAACACCUGGGCCCCUUCAAAGUAAUCAAAAAGAUCUCUGACCAAGCAUACCACCUGGAACUCCCGUCAACAAUGAGGAUCCACAAUGUUUUCUACGUAGGGCUCCUAUCAAAAGUCAAAAGGGAUAAGAAGCGCAACUUUGAGAACCGCCCUCCACCUGUCACUGUGGACGGAGAGGAAGAAUACAAGGUAGAGGGAAUCACAGACAUGGAAAAAAGGGACGGAAAAUGGUUUUUUAGGGUUAAAUGGAAAGGCUAUGGAUCAGAGGAGAAUACCUGGGAGCCAAGGGAAAACCUCAAGAACGCUGAAAAAAUCCUUAAAAAAUUCAAAAAAGAAAUGAAGGAAAAGGCCCUUGGCACUGCCAAGGCCCUUAAGGGGGGGCAGUGUUGUAGACACAUUUGA